CUUCAGCAACGACUAUCAUUCCUAGCUUCAUGGCGGGCUCGUUUUGCACCGCUUCUAGAUGAUCAUGGACCGUAAGUAAACUAUUUGAUACUGGUCCGUAAGAAGAAAAAUAACGCGCCUACUGAUCUCGUCCAGAGUGGGAAAGUAGCUACUUCCAGCGUCGGAAGCAGUAGAGAUACUGCCCCCGACGUCUCUCUGCCUGGUUAUCCCGGGAUGCUGUAGCCGGUCUUUCCCGAUUUGAAGAACGAAGAGGACGUGAUGCAGAAAGAGAACGGCAGGUGUCCGCACAAUCCUCGUCCCAAGCGAGACGACAUGUACCUCUGGCUACGCACAAAUGCGCUCCGUAUUUCUUAAAGCAGGCGAGGCGACAGUACAAGCUCUGCACGUGAUUUUGUCAUCGUCUUGACCACGAUGGCGCGGGUGUUGACAUACGUUGGUGUCGGUAACGCACGCUCGGGAUUGGAUACUGAGAGGAGACAAGAUCAUCCAGCCCAGCAACGCCGAGGAGUCGUCUGGACGCGACCAUGGUGGUUCCAGCUGGAGUUGUCGACGCCGUGCCAUCGUUUUCAAACAGAACAACGCGUAACACACCCUUCCGACAGCUCGCCGAACGAAGAAGCCUCUCGCUUCACGGUCUCACAAGACUUGCCUCGUCCAGCUCGUGCCAGGGCACCUGGUACGAGCCAGCAACCUCCCAUUGAACCCAACCACUCUGGCCCCGAGUUCAUGGAAACUUGCCAUAGGUAUAAACAAUAUAACACAUACUGGUUUGGCAUUGAGACGACAGCAUACACCACAUCGUGCGGCCCUGGUCUCCACUCGGAUACAUUCAGGUAGCAAGGGCGCCAUGCCAUUAGGAUCUGGUCCGGGCCCAUCUCUCGUCAUCCCCUCUCGCCAGCCAAAGUUCCGAGGCUGAGGUUAUCUUUGCGCUCGACCCGUUGCGCGAGGGACGACACUCGAGCACGUUGUCUGUCUUGACAGCGCCUUUGUGAUACGCUGCCUUUGGUCGUUCGUAGGUUGGCCUGUCGGAAAUCGGUUAAGUCUGGCUACCCGCACCCACGCGCACCUCUCCCACAUCCCCGGGCGACGAAUGGGAGAAAUGGAAACAAGCAAAGCCAGUUUUGACAGACGACUGCUUGAGGAAAGAAUGAUGUAUGUCUGCUUUGCAUCGCCGUUGGAAACGCUCGCUGACGCACGUUACGACACCGAAUCUUGGUUCCCAGCAAUCGGAGGAGUGGUCGAGACCCUGAUUUUCCACCCUUGUUCCCCCACGCAGAAGCAGGCUUGGGGACGUCAUUGCCGAUCGCCUCUCUCUCGCGGGGUUACACGCACGCACACACACACACACACACACACACACACACACGCACGCACAUGUGAAAGGGUGCUGCAAACCAGACCAAGUUUCGCCAUCAGGGAUAUUGUGAGAAAAUAGAUAUAAGAGCUCGACAAAGAGCUCAUGAAAAACGAUUGGAACAGUCAAUUCAGAGCAAACAGACAUCUUUACACUUGUAAUCCAAAAUCACGAUUAGAAGCCGCCGCGCGCCUCACGACGUCAAUUUUCAGCAGCAAUACACUCAACCAUGGAGUCCUCAACCACCCAAUCCCUCCUCAUCUCUCUGGCCAUAGUCUUCGUCGUCUUCGUCGGAGGCUUCUUCGCCUACCAACAGGGCAUGCUGGACCCUGUAAUCGAGCAGGUCGGUAUCAUGUUGUUCAAGGCAAAGGCCGAGGCCGAGAAGAAGAAAAUGCAGGCGCAGGGAAUGAAGGCCGGCCAAGACUUUGUUGAUGGCCAGCUCAAAGGCAACAAACAGGCGGCGGACGUUGCGGACGGCAUCGGUUCCUUAGGCGGGCUGAAGAAGCAGUUGUAAUGGAAACCGAAACAACUUGCCAAGGUUUAAAUCUAAAGUCGAUUUCGCCCGGGCACACUCGCCCCAGCAAGAGCUGCGUGGGCCCAGUCAUGAUAAACAUGAGGUUACGAGAGCGAACUAACAAUUUACUUACGUUGGCUUGCGGCAUAAUGAAACCUGUAACAUUUUAGCGUAAUAAUACGACGAAGAAGAAAAGAGGGACUCUGGGUUGCUUCUUUCGAUCCUGUUUUCGGAACAGAUCUUCGACGCUAGAAAGAAAAACCCCCGUCCUUUUAUCUAUUUGAAUUAUUUCCAGCGUUCCAUUUCCAGCGAAGCACUUUCCGACUACUUC